UUCAAGUCGAAGAAGAGCGGCGAGCCAAUCAGGAACAGGCCUCGUGUGGUUUGUCCAGACAUGUUCUUUACACGUGUUGAAGAGGGAGGAAAGCCGGCUGUGUUUAGUGUAAGCUAAUUCUUACAUUAUUUUGGGUCGUUUUUAGAAAAUGAAGUGUUCACACCGCCAUCCCAGUUUUUAUUGCUGUGAUAUUUCUUCGAGACACAUGUGACCACAACCAUUAAAGAUGACAGGACCACCAAAGAGGAAUGACAAGCGCUCCUCGGGCCUUCUGGGUAACUACAGGUAUCUGUUAAAGAAGGCCAUGCUGAUCCGUGCCAGAGAGAACGGCUUAGCCCGGAAAAAACGGCUCCAAAUGAGGAGACCCGACAGGAAAACAACUAAUGGAGGAAUCGCAGACGGAUCAUCUGAUGUAAGUAAGCUAUCCAAAGGAAACGAUGGAGCCGAUUCAGACCAGAGAGGACCAGCUGUACCUUCAAGUAGCCAAAAUCGUCCUGAGCGACAGACGAUAACGACAGCCUCCAGGGACCUGUGGGAGGUGGACAGUGGGUUCUCUGAAGGCAGUCCUCCCGCCAGCGGUCGCAGCUCGCCGUGCCCCAGCGUCUGCCCCACUUCUGUGGUGGCUUUGGAUUGUGAGAUGGUGGGGACGGGCCCGGGCGGACGAGUCAGUGAGCUGGGCCGCUGCAGCAUCCUGGAUUACCAUGGCAACGUCCUCUAUGAUAAAUACGUCAGACCCUGUCAGCCCGUGACAAACUUUAGAACACGCUGGAGCGGGAUCCGCAGGCAUCACAUGCGCCACGCCACACCAUUCUCUGAGGCCAGGGAGGAGAUCCUCAAAAUACUUGAAGACAAAGUGAUUAUAGGACACUCCAUCUACAACGAUUUUAGGGUGCUGGACAUUUUCCCUCCAGCCCACAUGGUCAGAGACACGAGCAUGACACGCCACCUCCGCCGCCUGGCUGGCUUCCCCCGUGGUCGUUGUUCUUCCCUCAAAAUUUUAUCCAAGAAGCUCUUAAACAGGAACGUUCAGGUUGGGGAGAAGGGUCACUGCUCAGUGGAGGACGCCACGGCGGCUCUGGAUCUCUACAAGCUGGUGGAAGGAGAAUGGGAGCAGGAGAUGGAGAACCAGCUGAGAGACGAAGGGGUCCCGCGUGAGCCCAGCUUCGCCUCGUCAACCCACUACAUGAAAGACGAGUACUGGCCUGAAGACGUGACUGCACACAGUCACUGAGCACAGCGCUUUCAGUGGAAAUACCUCAGCUCGCCUUUGCACACUUCUCAAUAACAGUUUAAGAUUGUGAAAGAAAUGUUAAACCAUUAAAAAAAAAAAGAUUGUUUUGAUGCUCCAACAGUUUCUUUAAAAAAGUAAAUUAUCUUUUAAGGAAGUUAGAUGAAACGUUUCUGGUGUUUUAAGAUGGUUUUCAUGAUCAGCAGAAAUAAUGAAGUUUAUUAACUUUAUUAUACUAAUGUCAUAAACAUUUGUUUCAACACUAAAACUGCUGUGUUGAAUAAAAAAGCACAACCUAA